AUGGCCGGUAUUCUUCAAGCUCCGCGCAACGCGGGUACUCUGUUUCUUGGAGGCCAGAAGAUUAGCGGUCAAGACAUUCGAGAGCAAAAUGUUCUCGCAACCCAAGCCAUUGCAAAUGUGGUCAAAUCCUCCUUUGGUCCCUCUGGCUUGGAUAAGAUGAUGGUGGAUGACAUUGGCGAUGUUACAGUGACCAACGAUGGUGCUACAAUUCUAAGUCUGCUUGAUGUCGAGCAUCCGGCGGGGAAGAUUUUGGUCGAUCUGGCGCACCAGCAGGACAAGGAAGUUGGAGACGGCACCACCUCCGUCGUGCUCAUCGCAGCAGAGCUCCUACGUCGAGGCAACGAACUGAUGAAGAACCGCAUCCAUCCCACCGUCAUAAUCACUGGCUACCGUCUGGCUCUACGCGAGGCUGUCAAAUAUAUGCAGGAAAAUAUCAGCACAAAAGUGGAAACCCUGGGAAGAGAAAGCCUGAUCAACAUUGCCAAAACCUCCAUGUCUAGCAAGAUCAUUGGAUCCGACGCCGAUUUCUUCGCGAACAUGGUAGUCGAUGCCAUGCAAUCUGUGAAGUCUGUCAACCCCCAAAGAAACGAAGUGAAAUAUCCGGUCAAGGCUGUAAAUAUCCUCAAGGCACACGGAAAGAGUGCGUUGGAGUCAUUACUGGUCAAGGGCUACGCGUUGAAUUGUACCGUCGCAUCACAAGCCAUGAAGACAAGAAUCACGGAUGCAAAGAUUGCCUGCCUCGACAUCAACUUGCAGAAGGAACGAAUGAAGCUCGGUGUGCAGAUUACGGUCGAGGAUGCCGACCAGUUAGAGAAGAUCCGCGAGAGAGAAGCGGGAAUUGUUUUGGAUCGGGUCGAGAUGAUCCUCAAGGCAGGGGCCAAUGUUGUGUUGACGACUAAAGGCAUUGAUGAUAUGGUCCUCAAGCUCUUUGUGGAGCGGGGAUGCAUGGCUGUGCGAAGAUGCAAGAAGGAGGAUCUUCGACGGAUAGCAAAGGCCAGCGGGGCGACCUUGAUCAGUUCUCUCUCCGACAUGAACGGAGAUGAGAAAUUCGAGAAGGAAUUUCUUGGUCAUGCAGACGAAGUGGUACAGGAACGGAUAUCAGACGACGAAUGCAUUCUCAUAAAGGGGACAAAAUCAUUCUCAUCGGCAUCGAUCAUUCUUCGAGGAUCAAACGAUUACCAGCUCGACGAGAUGGAGCGAUCGGUCCACGAUUCACUAUCUGCAGUCAAACGAACGCUCGAGUCCGGCAGUAUUGUUCCUGGAGGCGGUGCCGUGGAGACGGCAUUGCACAUCUACCUCGAAGAGUUCGCCAUGACAGUCUCGUCUCGGGAACAAUUGGCGAUCGGAGAAUUCUCUCAAUCUCUACUUAUCGUUCCAAAGACCUUGGCCGUCAAUGCGGCCAAAGACGCUUCGGAAUUAGUGGCACAGCUGCGCGUCCGGCACGCUCUGAGUCAGCGAGUUCAAGAAGGGGAUGCCAAUGAGAGAGAAAAGGACCUGGCGAAGAAGAAGCAAUACAAGAAUUAUGGUCUUGAUCUGACCAAAGGCAAAGUUGCUGACGUGGUCAAGAUGGGUGUCCUCGAACCCAGCAUGAGCAAGGUCAAACAGCUCAAGAGCGCGGUGGAGGCUUGCAUUGCCAUAAUGAGGAUAGACACUCUGAUCAAACUUGAUCCACCCGAACAACAAGAAGACGAUGGUCACGGACAUUGA